GAACCAUCUACACCUCGCUAUGGAACAGGCUAAUAGACUCAAACAACGCUUGCAAAGAGACGGAAUGUGUGAUGACUGCUCUAUAUAUUGCGAUGGUCCCGUCAGCGGAGUCUCUAGACGGAUAGCUCAUUAUUGGUGCUCUGAACACAACCCUAAUCGAGUAUUUCAAACCCAUUGCAAGUUCCAGCAGCCAGAAGGGGUACAUAUACACUGCAAAUGCUGUGGUGAAUAUCAUGAUAUUAUAUCGUUUUCAAGGGAGGAAGCGACUAGAAACACGCGGAAGUGUCUUGGCCGGGAAGGAUCCGUACGACUGUGCGAGCACGUUGAUAUCACCUGGUCUCAGAUCGAGGAGCACCUAACUAAAUGGAAUACUCAUGCUCCUGGCCAGUGGAAAGAUUGUUUCGAUGCCUUCAAUAUACAGUGCGAACACCCGUCUCACGAUACUCGCUGCAUGUUUGAAGACAUCCCGACCUGGCCCCGAGCCUGUCUCAAGACAUCCUAUUAUGACCGACGGCGAGUGGUCCUUAGCCUAGAAUGGGCACCUCACAGCGACACCGAUUAUUUCAAAAUCAAGAAUAAUCAGGUGCCUGCUUCGCAAUUGAGGGAGCUAUUCAAGAAGUAUCGGCUAGGGGCAGCCCGCAUUUUCUUGCCUGCCUACGCUUCGAAUCCGAUACCCGAAAUGAGCUGUUUUAACUCCGACAAAUGCAACUGCGUCCGCUACGAGACGGGACAGCAAGAUACGGGAUCAAGCCCAUCAAAUCUCGAGACCCUCCAAUGCAUCGCCGGUCAUCGCCUGCGCCGAAACUACGGAUGGGGACACAACGGCCAACAAGUCGAUCAGAUAUCACACCGCCCUCACGGGCUUAAUCAACCACCGUGUCUGAUAACCGAGUACAAACGGGACAUUUUCAUCUGCCGCGUGGACGGGAAACACAGCGCCUUCGGGCCAACCCACGAGUGGUUCCACGCCAUGGACCCCGACACCUAUCCUCCCCCAGAAAACCCGCGCGCCAUCCCCCCAUGCAAGAACGAGUUGUGCAUGAACUACUACAGGAAGCCGCAGACGUACAGGUGUCUCAGCAGUCAUCAUUAGGGACAGUGCAAAUACCCGCCCCGAUCACGCGAGAUUAUUAGUAGGGGUUUUCGUCAUUCUUUGGAGAAUAAUACUGCCUUUUAUAAUCCACCAUUACAUUAUAUCUGUUUUGAUAAAGGCGUUUUUAAGUCCCGAGGAAGUUACGCGCCUACCACCGGAAGUGUACCAGAAACGUCUUGAGAGUUUGGCGGAGGCGUUUUUUCAGACGAAGUUGGGAUAUAAUUCUACUGUGCACACUUUCAUUAUGUGAAGUGGGAAUUGUUUUGAAAUAAGGGUACAGAUUGGACUUACGGGGGAGACACGCGAAGUAUUCAGACAUCUCAUAGAAGAGAUAUUUUAAUAAUAUAUUG